AGCCAAGCGCGGUCGCAUUCGCCUAAUCGCGCACUCUGCCACAAAAGUAGAUAAACCUAGUCUUGAAUUUUGCAUCGUGCGAUAAGGGCGGCGCGUUGUUCGAGUUGGUUAAUUUUUGUUUGCGAUGAGCCUCGCCGAACGGGUUAUUCUCUUCUGCUGGACGUACAUCUUCCCGAUCGUGGUCGUCGUUUAUCUUUCGAUCGUUUUGUACGAGUUCCUUCUGCAUGAAAGAAGAAAGAAGAGGAGGGCGAAAUAUCUUCCGAAGGAAGACGAAGGGGAAUUUAAUGAAUCUAGAAAUUUUAAAGGCAUCGAAUGGAAGGACUCCACUCUACCUACCGAGCAAGAGAAAAUAAAGAACAUCCCAUUCGCCGGUGCAACGGCCACCCUGGACAGUGACCCGCUCAAGGCUGCCACCAGGUUCUACGAGAUCGCGCGCGAUCGCCGCUCGGUGCGCAUGUUUAGCAGCCAACCCGUUGACUUGGCGAUCAUCGAGCGGUGCAUCCUCGCGGCCGGAACUAGUCCGAGUCUUGGUCCGGAACCGUGGACGUUUUGUGUGGUGUCUGAUGGGGAGCUUAAAGCGCAAAUCCGGGAAAUGAUCGAGUCUGAAGGGAGUGAUGCAAGCAAGGAUUAUUUGACCGCGGCGCCACAUCUGGUUCUGAUCUUUGUGAAAAGUAGUUACGGGAGCAAGACGGAUUACGCUGAGGAGGCGACCUCGAUCGCGACGGGAAUUUUGCUGUGUGCGCUGCAAGCAGCCGGGUUGAACUCGCUAGUGACGACCCCGUUGAACUGUGUUCGGUUGGGGAAGCUUUUGGGUCGUUCGGUCGGCGAGAAGCUGCUAUUUCUGAUUUCGGUAGGGUACGCCGCGGACGAUUGUCAAGUUCCCGUUUCGAGACGCAAGCCGAUUGAGGAAAUUUUGGUGAAAUAUUGAUUUUCGGACGUUCUAGACUAUGUUCAAACGUCUCGAAUCGAUAGAAUAAACGUGUAUUCAAAUUAACAGAAACCUCAAAGCUCA